ACUGCUACGAAUAGCUUUUGUCCCCAUGUGUAUGCUUUGUUUCCAUGUCUUGAAUGUCCCUUUCCUUGUAUUGUGUCUUUUCUGUGCCAUUCGCAGGUAGUGGACCACUAUGAGAACCCAAUAAAUGUGGGUUCCUUAGACAAGAACGCCAAGAAUGUGGGGACUGGCUUGGUGGGUGCACCUGCAUGUGGGGACGUUAUGAAACUCCAGAUCCAAGUGGAUGAAAAGGGAAAGAUAGUGGAUGCUAGUCCAUUUCACAUCGGUUACACUAGAUUCAAGACCUUUGGCUGUGGCUCAGCCAUUGCUUCCAGUUCUCUAGUAACAGAGUGGGUAAAGUGCAAAUCUAUUGACGAAGCUCUUAAGAUCAAGAACACUGAUAUUGCCAAAGAACUCUGCCUUCCACCAGUCAAGCUUCAUUGCUCUAUGCUUGCAGAGGAUGCAAUAAAGGCAGCCUUGGCAGACUACAGGGUCAAACAGAAGGAAACGAGGUGGUAGCAAAACUCAAAUCAGUCCCGGUUCUUCCCAAUCGCCUUGCUCUGACAUCCUAACCACCUGUGUGAUGCAGGCCUCAAAAGGUGAACAUGACAGGUCAACAGUCAUGGCGAAGUUCGCCAAUGUGUAAUUGAUGCUUUCAGUUUAAACCGUAUCAGAACUGCUGGAGAGUGUUUAAAGUUAUGGCAGAUGUUUAAGAAUUGCUUGUUUGCCGUUAUGUAUGACAAUUCUCAAAUGAUAAUCCUAAAUGUUGAAAUGGAAUAAGAUAAUCCUAAAUGUUGAAAUGGAAUAAAACAAUCCUAUUUUGUAUUUACAACUCCCAAGAAAGGCAUUUUAAACUUAAUUAAAAAGGACUACAUUUUUGAUGUACAUUACCAAAAAUCUCAUCAAGUUUUGUUUAGUUGGCUCUAAAGACAGCAUCAUGUUUCUGGUGGCAAGUUACAACUAGACAAUUGAGGUAGUUACAUUUCAGUAAUUGAACGGAUAGUGCCAUUGCACAAAAAUAUAAAUACUGAUCUUUGUCACUCUGGGGGACACAUGGUCCCUACUGUUGAUCUCAAAUCACAGAAAGUGUGAUUCAUCCAUCUGUGUGUUGCAGUUAACAUUUUGAUAUUUUUAAAUACAGUU